AUGGUUGCUUUCGUACAAGGUAAUGAGGACGGAAUGAAGGAAAAAGAGGCAUCGCAGAAAGAGAAGGAUAGAGAGUUCAACAAGAGUGCUAAGUCUACAAGUAAUUUUAGCCAUGGGAGAUCUCAGGGAGGUGGAGAAAGUCAACUUUUUAAAAAUAGGUCAUCAGGACCCGCUUCUUCUGAAGCUAGUGCACCAAUCCCGAGGAAAAGACACGAAAAAGAGUUUCGUAUGGGCAUGGAUGUAUAUUUGGGGUGUGACCAGGAGGGUCAUUUUCAGAGAGAUUUCCCAUCAGCAAGGCAAGGUACCGGAGGUAAUAUGGCUCAGUCCACAAAUUCAGUAGCUCAUAAUUUUCAGGCCCAAUCAGGGUGUGGUGCAGUUAAGUCUAGUAACACAGGCGGAGGUCAGACUCACUUGUAUGCACUAGCAGGUUGUCAAGAUACAUAG